AAGUGGGACUUUGUGUGGGUGAGGUGGAUGGGGGUGGGUAGUGUUUGUGAGGGUUUAUGCGUUGUGUGGGUGUGUGUGCGUCGAGUUGCGUGCGUGUGUGUGUGUGCGCGCACGCGUAUGUAGACUAGUACUUGUAUCCUAAGUUCCCCCGUUCAUCUGAGGGGGUUUGUCAUGGCGCAAAUUGCUCACGAACUGAUAAGAGGAAGCUUGGUCGUUUACUCGCCAGAAGCUCCCGUCUCAUUGUGGAUUUGAGAAACAUCACACCUGUACACGAAUCUCCGUUCAUUGGAAUAUUUUUAUUUUCCUCUUGGAAUCAAAAUGGCGUUUCGAAUCAUUCUGGCAAUCUUGAUAGUAGGCACAUCAUCGGUUGUAGAAGCUGGUCUAUCAGAUCAAACGUUCACGUGGAUCGACCUCUCUGCUGGCGUUGCAGCCACCGUGGGCAUAUGCGUCUUCCUCGUCGGUAUCGCCUUCAUGAUCAACGACCUCGGCUUCAGGGAGUACUUGGCGGAGGUACGACCAAACGGCCGACCCUUCGUAGAAGACCUUCCCGAUGUCAAUGCCCCCGAGCCGAUAGGUACCGUCUUCUCCCCGCCGAUGAGCGAUGGGAAUGACCUCGCGGUGCCUGAGAAGGAUGAUGACGAUUUCACCAAACCAUCAGCAGCAGAGGUGGGCUACGUCAACGAGGGUGAACUGCCCAUCGUACUGUCAUAGGCAACACGGGGCAAGGACAUUGCAUGAUUAAACCGUUUUCUACUGAAACCGGGAGAUACCUUUACAAAGCCUUUGUAAUUACAUAAAUUAGUAAUCAAAGAGUUAAGUGUCUAUCUCGAUUAAAGAUGUCACUGUUAUCAAUCAUUGGGUGAACUAUUUCAUCUACUAAGGUGAUAUCAUGGGUAAAAGAACAUAUUUUUUUUAAAGGAAGCAAGUUUUCUCGAAUUGCAUUUCUUAUAGGACCUUAGUAAGGGAGGGGGGGGGGGGGUGUCAGGGAGGAUUGAUAAGGUACAACAGCCUUCCUCUGACAGUGUGACUUUUCUGUAAUAGCUUCCCAUAAGCUAUAGUGGAAGUCUUGGCCUAUUGGGCAAAUACACAUUAAAAUCUGCGAGCAAGAGAAGCGAGCUAACGAAUUUGUUAUUGAUAUUAAGAAAAAAAAAAUUGUGAUAGACUUUGGCAUACUAUUCUGAACUUGAUAGCAUAUUUCACCUCGUCCCUUUUCUUUUUCUUUCUCCCUUUUUUUCUUAACCUUGAAACCUUUGUUGGAAGGGGGUGUAUGCCAAUGAUAAAUAGAGCAGGAUAAUGCCUGUAUUUAACCUUCCUUUGACAUAGAUUUUAGAUAAAAUUUUGGGGUUUUGCUAAUGUUUUUUCUCUAUUCAAAGCAUCCUUUUGUUUUACUGGACGUAGCCUUAAUCUAUAUCGAGCAUAGUAAAUGUAUAAACUGUAUAUUUUUGUUUUUGAUUAAUGAUAUAAAUGACUGUUUACAUGUGUUAUAAUAACUGCGGUGAAUAUUGUGAAAAGUUGUUAUGUAAUGAACAAUGAAAUCAAUUUAAACGAUUAAAUUAAAACAUAAUUAACAUUCA